GACUCACGCUAAAUUUUACGCCGGCAGACGUCAAACAUUAUAAUACGCUUGUUCAGUUUGUGCCGGCUGGUCAACGAGUUAACUAAACAAUAAUUUAAUAUAUUAUAUUAAAUCCGUCGAAGAUUCUACAUCACCCUCAUCACCCUAUAUCACCAUGACUUAUUAUACGACUAGGUGCACUCCCACAGUCCGCCCGGCARCCGAUUUCGAUGCCGAAGCAGACGCCACCGUACUUAGGACAGCCAUGAAAGGAUUCGGUACGGACGAGCAAGCCAUCAUCGACAUACUAGCAAAACGGUCAAACACUCAGAGACAGGAGAUUAAAGAAGCUUUCAAGACACUAUAUGGGAAGGAUUUAAUCGACGAUCUGAAGAGCGAACUCGGUGGGAACUUCGAGAACGCCAUUGUCGCUCUGAUGACCCCACUUCCGGAGUUUUACGCCAAGGAAUUGAAAGAUGCCAUAAGUGGCGUGGGCACCGAUGAAGAGGCUAUUGCCGAAAUUUUGGGCACGCUUAGCAAUUUCGGGGUCCGGACCAUUUCCUCUGUCUACGAAAAACUAUACGGAAACUCGUUGGAAGACGAUUUGAAAUCUGACACUUCAGGAUCGUUCCAAAGAUUGUUGGUGUCUUUGUGCUGUGCCAAUCGCGAUGAAGAUGUGGAAGUCGAUCGCAGUGCCGCGGUUGCGGACGCUCAAGCUCUUAUCGACGCAGGUGAAGCUCAAUGGGGCACGGACGAGUCGACCUUCAAUUCUAUUCUGGCCACUCGUUCUUAUCCACAGCUAAGGGCCAUUUUCGAAGAGUACGAGAACCUCACUGGCAAGGACAUCGUAGAGACCAUAAAGAAUGAAACUUCCGGCUCUCUGGAACAUGGUUUUUUGACCAUCGUGAAAAGUGCUAAGAAGAAGAGCGACUACUACGCCGAUCAGUUGGAAGCCUCAAUGGCGGGUUUCGGCACCAAUGACCGUCAGCUGAUCAGGAUCAUCGUUGGGAGAUCUGAAAUCGAUUUGGGGGACAUCAAACAGUCCUAUGAAACCAUUUACGGUACUCCGUUGGCCGACAGAAUCGCUGAUGAUUGCGGAGCCGAGUGUAAAAGUUUAUUGAGGACCAUCGUUGAUCAAUAAUGAUAAUUAUUUAUAUUAUAAAAUAUUACAACACUUUAAUAUUAUACCAAAAUAAUAUCAUUCAACGCAAAUGCUUUUAUAGUCGAUUCCUCUUAUACUCUUUAGCGUAUUAUAUUAUUACACCUAUUAGCUAUUGUUGUUAUCAGUUUACUUAUUACGUUUAUACCUAUACUUUUUUCUUUAUUUUUCUAUAUUUAUAUAAUAUGUUUGAACAAUUUAUUUCUAGUUCGAAGACAAUGCACCCACCUACAUUAUAUUAUAAUCUGAUUUAAAUGUUUUAAUAUUUGUUGUGAAUAGAUUAGAUAUUCAGCAUUGAUAUUAUAUGAUAUUAAACGUAUAGGUACUUACUGUUUAUACUAACAAUAAUCAUAAGUAUCUUAUUAUUAUAUCGGUGGGGACAGUCCAUCAGUUAUUAGUGAGUAGAACUAUAAUGUACGUCACGUCAUUACGAUCUAAAUUGUUAACAAUAAAUAUCUAUAUACCUAAUA